AUGUUCGACGACUCGGACGGUGCUUCAUCUGAAGAUGAUAACUUCAGCUCAUACGGUGAGUCUCCUUUAGAAGACGAAGAGUCACCAACGAUACCUCCCAAGAAGAUAUAUCAGAACUUCUCGAUGAGCGGGUCUAAAGAGAGUGAGGAGGUUCUUCUAAGGUUGGAGAUGUCGUCGUUAAAUCUUCCGUUAGGGCAACGAUACGAGAAUAUUUUAGGAGAGUUGUACAAGAACUUUCUCGGCGACGUUGGUCCGGCCGUUCGCCCUACGAGUGUUGGAAUAGCUAUCACUAAGCAGUUUGGUGUAAAGAUGAAAUAUUGGAAAUCUUACCGGACGCUGAAAUUUGCAAGGGAAAUCGUUCAGGGAACACCUGAGAGUGGGUUUGAACGCUUGCAUUCUUACUUAUACAUGAUAAUAAAGGAAAAUCCGAGUACAGUUGCGCGUCUUCAAAUCGAUGAGAAUGGAAAAUUCAUGUAUGUGUUUCUUGCGUUUGGUGCGAGCGUAAAUGGGUUUCCUUUCAUGCACAAAGUUGUGGUUGUCGACGGUACGUUUCUUAAUGGUAGAUACAAAGGGACGCUUCUCACAGCACUAGCUCAGGAUGGUAACUUUCAGAUUUUUCCAAUAGCCUUCGCAGUGGUUGACACUGAAAAUGAUGAUUCCUGGCAUUGGUUUUUUACGCAACUAAAACUUUUGAUUCCUGACGACGAGGGUCUUGCGAUAAUCUCUGAUAGGCAUAACUCGAUUGGGAAAGCAAUUACAAAUGUGUAUCCGCUUGCUUCUCGUGGAAUUUGCACGUACCAUCUAUAUAAGAAUAUACUGGGACAGUACAAAGGAAAAGAUGCAUUUCGUCUGGUGAAGAAAGCGGCGAGAUGUUUUAGGAUGUCUGACUUUACUCAGAUUUUCGAGGAGAUUGAAGCGAUUAAUCCAGCACUCCACGGCUACCUCCAAAGGGCUGAUGUCCGACUGUGGACGCCUGUUCAUUUCCCGGGCGAGAGGUACAAUUUGAUGACUACGAACAUAGCGGAAUCAAUGAACAGAGCAUUGUCGAAUGCUAGAGGUCUUAACAUUGUUCGGAUAUUAGAAUCGAUACGAGUUAUGAUGACCAGAUGGUUUGCUGAACGAAGAGAGGAUGCCAGAUCGCAGCGAACCACGCUUACUCGUGGUGUGGAGAAACUACUACUUGGGCGUGUAACUGCCGCCAGAGAUUUGGCGGUACAGAGGAUUGAUGAUCAUCACACUGAAGUUAAAUAUGGAUCUUCCGGCGAGUAUUUGCAUGUUGUUAAUUUGGUAGAGCGAAAGUGCACAUGUCGCCGUUUCGAACUCGAGAAAUUACCAUGUGUACACGCAAUCGCAGCGGCGGAGUACAGGAAUGUUUCUCGUAUAUCCAUGUGCAGUCCUUACUAUACCAGCAAUUAUUUGGUUAGCGCAUACGCUGAAUCGGUCAUGCCGGUUGAUUCAGCGCAACCUGUUCCAGAACUCGUGGCUAACCAACGCUGCUUGCCCCCGACUGUACGUCAACCACCAGGCAGACCGAAGAAAAAUAGGAUGAAAUCUGCUUUAGAAGUUGCACUAUCAAACAAACGUCCUAGGAAAGAGCACACAUGUUCUCGAUGUAGACAGAGUGGUCAUAAUGCGAAAACUUGUCCGAUGUAA